AUACUACAUAGGACGUACAGAACCUGAACACACACUUCGAACAUUGCAGCUGGAUAUUCUAGUGAAUAACGCAGGUCGAUCACAGCGAGCAAACUGGGAAGAGAUUGAACUUGACGUCGACAGGCAGAUGUUUGACCUCAAUGUGUUUGCGGUGGUAGCCCUGUCUCGUAUAGCCGUGCGCUAUUUCCAGAAGAAGAAGGAGGGGCACAUUGUUGUCACGUCGAGUCUUGCUGGAGUGAAGGCAGUUCCAUUUUCAGGGAGCUACACUGGUGCAAAAUAUGCAAUUCACGGUUACUUUGAUGCACUGAGGACAGAAAAGAUGGCAAGCAACAUAACCGUAACGCUGCUGUGCCCUGGUCCAGUGUUCAGCAACUUCUUGGCCGAGAGCUUCACAGAAAAGACUGGUGAGGUGAGUUUGUGAUGCCGGCUGCUGUAAUUUUGCCGAAGCUCGAUA